CACAACUAUAACUGGGUUUCCCAACAGCGUGAAAGACAGAGAACGCCAACAUGGAAAGAGAGCCACAGAAAAUAAGAGAGGGAUACCUUGUGAAAAAGGUAAUGUUUAAUAAGUGGAUGCCAAUGUGGGUGACAUUACUGGAAGAUGGAAUUGAAUUCUACAAAAAGAAAACUGAUAACAGCCCCAAAGGGAUGAUACCAUUAAAGGGGUCUGUGAUAAGUAACCACUGCCAAGAUUUUGGUAAAAGAAUGUUUGUUUUUAAGCUCACCACGACUAAGCUGCAGGACCAUUAUUUCCAAGCUUCUCACCAAGAAGAAAGAGAUGCCUGGGUUAAGGAUCUGAAAAAAGCCUCGACAUGCAUUGAAAAUGGUCAGAGGUUUUCGAGGAAAUCCACAAGGAAGUCAAUCAGAUUGCCCGACACCAUUAACUUGAGCCAGCUAUAUCACUCCAUGAAGGACCCAGACAGAGGAAUAAAAGAUUUAAACCUGGAAAAGGAUAAAAAAGUUUUCAAUCACUGUUUUACAGGCACCUGUGUAGUAGACUGGUUAGUUGCAAACCAUUCCGUGAGAAACCGCCAAGAGGGUCUUAUGCUGGCUUCUGCCUUACUAAAUGAAGGUCACCUUCAACCUGCUGGAGACAUUUCCAAAAAUGCAGCACAGGGACUAGCAGAAACGACAUUGCUCGAUAAUUCAGAAGCAUUGUAUUAUUUUCCCGACAGUGGCUUCUUCUGUGAAGAAAAUUCUAGUGAUGAUGAUGCACUUUUCAAGGAAGAAUUUAGAGGAAAUGUGGUUAAGCAAGGAUGUUUGCUGAAACAGGGACACCGAAGGAAAAACUGGAAAGUGAGAAAAUUUGUUCUGAGGGAUGACCCGGCAUAUCUGCAUUACUAUGAUCCAGCUUCGGUGAGGGGACUCAAUCUUUAACACUUUUUAAGAAACUUGCUCCAAAAAAGGAUAAUUCAGGGAUAGGCAACCUUUUGUGCUUUGAGCGUUUCAGAAACACUUGGUCAACAAUUGGCCAGCUUGUCAAUGAAUAGAUCUUUGCCCAGUUUGACCAUUGAGGAGGUGAUCAAACCAGGCUGAUCUGAAUGUUUAGCUCUUGGGCCAGAAGUCACACACAUGUAUCAGUGGCCAAAUGGGAAGUUCCACAAAUCAAGACUCAACUGGGACUAGAAGAAGCACCGACCAACCUCCCAAUAAUAUUUGAGAGUACAGUCUCAUUCUGUGUACACUAUCUUAGGCGAGAUACAGGGGUGGUACUUUUAUCAGCAACUAGAAAAAUAAACAACUAUACAGUCAGAGUAAAACAAAAUACCCAAUGGAUUUUCACUUAGAGGCAAGAGUAGAGUGAGGCUCAGUAUAUCAGAAAUAGAAAAAUAAACCAAUUAUACGGUCAAUAUAAAAUUGAAUGAAUUUCCACUUAGAGGCAAGAGUAGGGUGAGACACAGGAUAUGACAAAA